CAGCCAACAACAAGGCACAUUUGUUUUCAAAAUGGCAGUUAGAUUACUGGAAGCCGGUUUCGACGAAAACAUAAGUCCAGUAAUUGAGCCCUGCCUUAAGCUCAAGGCAUAAAACUUUGUUAAACGUUCUGAUAUCUUAUAUUUUACUUCAUGUCUUCUUGGGCUGGAUUUACGGACGAGGAGCUCUCCCGCUUAAGGCAGCAGAAUGUACCAGAAGGGGAUACCUCAUGCGGAGGGCGAAAGAAAGCGACGAUAAACUCUGCAAAAAGACAGCGACCUCGCGAGAAAAUACGGUCAAGAACGCCUUCAGCAGAUGUGAAACCAUCACUUGAUGGAAGGAAAGAAAAUGCAGAGGAAAAAAGCUCCACAUUAGGACGAAAUAGAACUGCCUCAGAUAGUAAUGAAAAGGCGGCGAGGCAAAUUGAAACAAGAGAUGAAGAGAGAGAAAAUUCCUCGCCAGAAUGCGAACGACGUGUUUAUAAGAAAAAGCAAAUACCUGAAGAAGCUCACCCACAAAGAAAGGACGUGCAGAAAACAGAUAACCUUCAGAAAAGUAAAGGGACAGAGGUUGACUACGUGGCCGAGAAAGAUGCGAUCAAUGAUCUCCCAGAAAUAAUCGACGAGAGUGACAGGUAAGUCUUCAAUUAAAGCAGGUUUAAGGGAAUGCCAAUGUAACCUUAGAUUAUACUAAAAAAGUUCAUCGAAUGGUGUUUUGUUUUAAUUUAUCAGGCUCUAUUUUAUACUCUUUCCCUUUCCUGCGCUUAAUGUGAUUUAAACAUUUAAGCUUAAAUUAAAUUUGCAUGAAUUCCACGAUGACUCUAUCCGGUAUCCUAGAAACGUCAGUGUCAAUUUUAUUUUGACUUGUCUAGUUUUCGACAUUUUUUUCUAGUGUAUGAAAUAAUAUAUAUAUUAUGGCAGUUAUGGAUAACCUGUACAUGUCCUGAACUGAGUCAGAGGCACACUACUUGCAUCAAGAACAUUUUUGUUCAUCCAAAAUAUUUUGAGGAUGUUAUCUGCAAAAAAAGACCAAGGCAGAUAACACCCUCCAAGAUCGUUCUUCAAAAUCUUUGCAUAUUCUUCUUAUUUUUUUUUCGGUAUAUUGCUUAUUAUGGUUGUUUCACUUAAACCGCUUAACUCAGAAUUUGAAUUCUCCAGCUUGCUGUAGUGCUUAGUGCUUUCUAGCAUAAUUGUUUUGCCAAAGCUGUUGCUUUCUGUUGAUCCCCCAUGAGCAGAAAGAAGGAGUGGGGGUUUUCCCUUGUAUAAGCUGUAAUGUUAUGUAUACUAAAAGGUAUGGUUUUUGAGCCAUUUUGGCUGGAAGUUGGAUACAGAUUAAAUCGUUUUAAGGAUUCACAUAGGGUAAGGUUUUGUGCUCACUGCUGGGACCAGGGUCUGGAAUUGGGCAAUUUUUUUAUCAUUUAUCUCUCAGGAGGGUGUUUCAGGUCUGCAGUGAGGUAGGGAACUUCUCACAUUUGGAUCUGAAAUAGGCUAAGGGUCCCUGGGCAUAAUAAUUAUACUACACACCCUAAUAUCCAGAUUUUCCAGGAGUUAUCCACCAUCCCUUUGGAUUCUUGUAUUGUGUGAUUAGGGAGCUUAAGCAAGAAUGAUAACGACAGUCAGUCGGUGGUGAAAAUGUUUCUUAAAAAGUGAAGUCACACUGUUUCACAAAUUAUUCAUCGCUGAUAUUACAUGUUGUUUAAUUUUCAAGUGUUGGUAAAUUCUUCCAAAGUUGAAUUUUCAAGAAAUGUAUCUAAGUUUUAAAAAAAGAAUUAGAGAUCCAUUGUCUUCUGUCCAUGUGCUCAACAAAACAUGAAGUUAGGCAGUUUCACGUCGUGGUUGUGCAGCAAUGGCAAAGAAAUGUAGAAAAAAGCAUGAUGCACCUUCAGAGUUAUUUUUUGAUUAAUAUCUAAACCUAUUGCUUUUUGCUAUUCUCAUUGCUGUUGUCGUGUUUGCUUAAGUUCCGUAUUAAGUCUAAUAAAAUCCUUUCCAUUGUUGCACAAUAAACUGAUCUCAUUGGUUCAGCAAAAUGUUAUUGGAUGAAUGAUGUGAAUCGUCCACCCCAAGCAAGAACAAGGCAGUUUCAGCAUUAGCUCUUAGGCAAAUACAAAAUAAGGUCUACCUAAAGGAGGUUUUGUGAGCCCGCCAGACUAAGCAACCCUCACAAACCCUUGUUUUCACUAAAACUGCUGGACACAAAACCUCCCCUAAGUUGAUGUUACAUUUUCACGACCUGCUGUAGCUCUUAUGACCUACAAAAGUGUCCAUUUCAUUCUCAGCCCUGUCUAAUAUUUUUUCAUUUUUUCAUGUUUGUUGUGGUUUUUAGAAUACAGGCCAUUGAACUGUCUGCUUGGGAGAAGAUGCAAGAGAAACAAAAACAAAUAGAACAAGAGAACAAAAGAAAGAAGGCAGCUUUACAGGAAACAAUAAAGAAAAGGUGAAUUCACAAAAAUGAGAAUAUGGGUUUUGGAGACUUUGUUGAAGAUUUAUUGAAAUGGAGGAUGAUGCUUUAAAGGAUAGUUGUUUGAAUUGUUUGAGUACCUCCUUACUUCACACAUAACUGAUAUCACAAGGUCGUGCUAGGUCAAGAAAAGAAAAUGUAUAAAGGGCCCAUUAAGUAGCUGUUGCAUCCUCUUGCCUCCAGAUCACUUAAUUCCCAGUAAUAAUCAAUGAUGAUGUCUUGCAAGGUGAUCUUAACUUUUGAGUUUGUGCAGGAAAUCUACGGUGUGACCAUUCAAACAAAAUCUCUUUGGCAGUAUUUUCACAUGGUAAUAUUAAUGCUUUUCAGCAUUUGACAAGAGUGAAAUGUGAAAUGCUGCUGUAUUUUAAAUUUCAGCCCUUUUGCGUGUAAAAGGGUUAAAUAGAACUUUUACACACUGAUAAUGUAUUUAGUUGCAUGUUACAGUCAAAAUGACAAAACAGUGAACACUUGAAAUAUUUCAAGAAUGUUUAUUACUGGUUUGACCAACCACAGCAAAGAUCAGGACUUCCAAGCUAGCCACAAAACCGCCAGUUAUUGUCACAGUAAUAUUUGCCUUAGUGCUUUAUCCCCUUUGACUCUUCAUUUAUUACUUUUUGCUUCAGAUAUCAGAAAACCCAGGCUGAAGCACAAACUCUUUCUCUGGUUCAGAAAGAACUGAGUCAUCUUGACAGCCUUCUGUCUGCUGAUGUGGCAAUUCUGAGAGAUAAAAUAGAGGAAAGUAGUAGAGAAUAUCUUCAAGCACAGUAAGUAACUGCAACAUAUUUAUGUAGGGGCAAGGUACUUUUUAUGAAAUUAUUAUGAAAUGUUACAUUACCUUUCCUGUAGUGUAAAUUAUGAUUGAUGAUUAGUUUUCUUGUACAAACGUAACAAAAAAAAAUAUCAACAGUGUCUGUGAAUAAUGUAAUAUCUAUAGGCAAAAUGCCUUUGAAAACACUGUGGAAAAGUUUGCAUUUUGGUUCAGUGGGUAGUGUACAUGUAUGAUGUUGUCGUAUUCUCCUUUUAAUUGCCUUUGGGCAAGUUGGCUUAAAAAGAUAAGUUUGAAACAAAGUAAAAAUUAAAGUUUGAGCUAUGGGUAGAAUUGAAUGGAAAUGUAUAUACUUCAAGACUUCAAUUUAUAUAAUUAUUAUGUUUUUUAUUAAAUCUGUUCUCAGGUUACACCAAAAUAUUUUCUUUCUGCUAUGAAUAAAAACUAUACCCUGGGUGCUAGGGUUUUUUUUUCUUCCCUAAUUCCUGAUAGUUUGCAGCAAAGCCGCAACAGCGAGGUGCCAAGCGCAGAGAGAAAAAAAAGUUCAGUCUUUCUACAGACAAAGAAACAUUGAUUUAAAAACAAAGUUUACAUUUUAAACAUCUCAUUUAAAAAAUGGUCUGCUUGUACGUAGUAAGAUCAGAUAUCUGUGUGCUACAAAGACUAAUAUUACACUUGCAUGUUUUUAAGUCUAAACAUAUUUGUGGCGUUGAAUCAAAAUUGACUUGAGUGAUCCCUAAUUAAAAUAUUAUUUCUAUUUGUAGAAAAAGAUAUGAAAAGGCUGAACAUGAAUUUGUUGAGGCAAAGAUGGAUUUACAUAGAAAAACGGAGCGUAAAGACUUGCUAACGGAACACCUUUACACCAUCAUUAGAGAAAAUGAACUAAGAAAGGCCAGGAAACUAGAAGAACUCAUGGUAAAGCUCAAUGUGUCCCCUGACCAUAUACUUCUUGUGCAACAAACAGAUUUUCUUGAGGUUGGGAAUGAUGAGUCAAGGACCAAACAGGAUAGUGCGGAAAUUUCUGUGUUGCAAGAAGAAAAAGCGAGUGUUCCAAGGCAAGGGCUGGAUUCUGAAUCAAAGGAAUCCUGUCAGGUUACUAGUGGGGAAGGGACAACUACCAGUAGGGAAAACACGGAGGGUAACACUCGAAAGGACUCGGGGAAUGAUGGCCUUGAAGAGAGCGAUGAUACCGUCUCAAGCUAGCUGAUUUUAUCGUCUUGUCCCGACUGUAAUUUUACAGUUUGCAAAUGAGGGAGGACCCUGAUGAAAUGCUUUGCAGUUUACCCCACAGAUGAAAGGAGCAGGGGUUUUAACAUGAAAAACUUGAAGGGAAUCUCCUUUGUUAUGACAAAUUGACCUUAAGGUUGUAAUUGGUAAAACGGUGGAGAGACCUAAAGGACUCUGAACUUGAUAAAUCUAACAAAUCUUCAUGCUUUCCAUAUUUAUACCCCUAAAUAUUUUAUAGUAUUCAUAAUGUGCCCCAGAAUGUUCUUAGAGUUGGUGUAUUAUUCAUAGUUUGGGUUUUUAUAGGUGUAUUUUCUUAUGAAAAUUCAUAAAGUACAGCUU